AUGGUACGCCUUAGCGUGUUUGUUUCGAUUUUGGUAGUUACCACAACCCAUUUAUGUGGAGGAAGUUUGAUGAGGUCUUGUCAGGAACUGUGUUGUUUCGCACCUUGGAACAAAACAGUAUUUGAUCUCAACUUUGAGAAAGGAAAMAACGAUACUACAAACUGCCAAGAAUGUCUCAAAAAUCAMASUUCAGAUGCUAAUGUAACUCUGCAACAGUUAUGCCCAAAACAGCAGAUCAACAGAACAAGUACAAAUAAAGAGAUUGACAUAUCAUUUUGUCAGGAAAUGUAUGAAAAGGCAUCAAAUGACUUUGCUGGUUUAGUGCAAGGAGUCAAGGUGAAUUUUCAUCAUUUAGAAAACUUCUGGUACAUCAACAUAACGUGGGAUGCACUCAAUGAUCCUAAAACAUCCAAGAAUUGGUCUCACUAUGUCAUUCAAUGGUUUACGACAUCGCCAACAAGUGUUCACUGCAGUCUUUUACCCAAGAAUAGGACGUUCUUUGUUAUCAAUGAAACAGAGGAUGGAUGGAAAUACCCUCAAGUGAUUAACUUAAAUGUGUCGACGUACCCAUUAAAGAAAAAUACUGGGUAUCGCUUUGAAAUAACAGGUUGGCCUCCGCCAUUACAAGGCAUUAGUAAUAAACCUGUGACAUUGCCUAAGAAAGUUUCACCCGGGGUGGUGGCCGCAAUCAUCGCCGGAUCCUGCGCUGGUCUCAUUCUGGUUGCUAUAGUGAUAGUUGCUUGGAAACUGCGAUACCCGGAUGGAUGGAGAGCAAAGUCAUACAGAMACCGUAUGAAAUCGCUAUCAGAAAAUCAAGGAAACUUUGAGUACGACGCAUCAAUCUUGUACAGCAGUUUCGAUGAACAAUGGGUAACUGAAGAGCUCAUCCCAUUACUUGAGUCAGAAAACAAUUUCAAGUGUUUCAUACACUUUAGAGAUUAUGAGGCUGGUAAAGUCAUUCACGAGAACAUGGCUGAUUCCGUUUACAAGUGCAGAAAGAACCUUGCAGUUGUUUCGAAAAACUUUUUGAAAAGUAAUUACUGCAAAACAGAGUUGGACAUGGCACUGGAACGUGUGAAUCGAUGUGGGGACUAUUCACUUAUUGUCGUAAAUUUGGAUGGUGUUUCCAUUGACCUCCUACCAAAAGCAUUGAGGAUAAGAACAUUCGUGAAUCUAACGAGUUCUCAAGAACAAAAGACAUGGAGAAACCGGCUUGUGAAGCAAAUAAGCGUAGAGGAAGACAGACAACAUGGCUCAAAAGUGAAUGCAGAGGAGUUGUUACACGUAACUUCAGAAGGAUGCCAGGUUAUCAGUCAUAUUAAUGACAUAAGUUCAGGCAGUACGGAAAGUGUGUAGAGCUUUUAAGUCGUGACGUAUUCCUUAUAAAAUGAAACAAAAUACCCCACCAAAAUCAAUUCGAACUUUAGGCAAAAAAUCCUAUCGUGACUGAAAUUAUAUUUUUUUAAAACAAAAUUGUUUUUCUUUUUUGGAAACACAAGUUGUUUUUCCAUAGGAUUGACGUCACCCUUAAUAUCUCUAUAAAAACGCAGCUUCUGCUAGGCCAUUUGAUGCAUAGCAGUGGAGUCGAACGACUUGUAGUGUGAGGUCUACGAUCUUAAUUCAAAUGUAUAGAGGCUUUGCAUCAUCACGUGAUGGCAGCUAUGACAGGAGGCAGGAACAAUUGAAUCUGGUCUAAUCUUAUUUAUUACAUGAGAAAGAAUUCAGUUUCCCAGAGGAGAAAGACUCCGGCUAUUGUUGUGCCGCCCGUCAUGGCUGCCUAGUCACGUGAUGGUGCAAAGGAAAUAUUCUUGUAGGCGGUGGGAUGCGUUUUUAGUGAAAUAUUCGUAUCCACUUCGUUUAAAUUUCAUAUUAUAAAAUAACUGAGAUAAUACGCGCGCUACGAUUAGUCGAAAACCAUGUUUGACAUGAGGGUAUCAAAACACUCUCGAGUCAUCCUUUACGAACACUUCAGAAUAAUACGAUUUUUUUUUUUUCGUUUUUUUGGCGUGUUAGUUAUUAUAUAUAUAUAUAUUUUUUUUGAUCUGUUAAUUAUUGCCUUGAGUAUUCAUGCCAGUAUACUAGGUGGCACAUUUUAUUUGGAGAAGAGAAGAAUACUACGAGGAAUUUUAGGCAAUUCUAUUUUUUAGUACAGUAAAUAAUUGAAACAACUUAUAAUCAACCCAAUUUUCAUGAUCAGAAGUUUGAAUUCUGAGAUUUGUAGCUAGAUAAUUGAGCUUCUGGAACAGAUAUACGUUACCUAAGAUUGGGAUGUACAAGAAGUAGUGCGCUUUGCACCUUUUUUAAAUGAAAAAAUAUUAACAAAAAAUAUUGAAAUAAUAAUUGGAAAAUCUUUGGUUGGUAAAGCAAAAAGCAUAUAAAGGAUAUUUCAUUGAAAAGCAAUGGACUACUUCGACGAUGAAUCGGUAUCUUGAAUCACAAGGUAUUUUGGGUCUCCCAAAGGGGACUAAACAAAGCAAAGAUGCGAAAAUGAAGACCUCACGACAUUUGAGCAAUUUCCUAAGAUGUGAAACUGUUUGAUUAUUUUUGUUCAUCCCUUGUCAAAUUGUCUUGUUAUGAACAUUAAAUGUUAAGUCUACACCAUUAUUUAUAACAAAGCUUUGUAUGUUUGCCCCCUGGACGACCAAUAAUGCCUUUCGAUUCAAGAUGGCCGCCACUUAAUCGAAGUAGUGCAAGUAAUCACAAAAAAAACAACAAAAAAACUUUGAUUAGCGAUUAACCGUUUUUAAUUUUGUAACCCGCAACAUCUGUGUUCUCAUUCACGAGGUCGACUAGACCAUUCGACACCAAACUGUUUCGUGUCCUAUCUUUCUUAUAAAUAAGUAAAACUAAAGUUUUUUUGAAAGGUUGUCUUGGUAUUGGCGACCAGUUUUUAAACUUUGCGCGUAUAACGAGGAGGGUUGUACGUAUGAAGUGUAAAAAUGUAAAUAGUUACUAAUUAAAAAAAUAUAAGUAAUGCGUAGGCAGUUGUCGGCAACUGCAUAUUGCUCGAAUGUAUUCAUCUUCGUGUUCGAACUUUUCUUUGUAGCUAAACACUAGUAGUAUACUAUCAAUGUGUACUGACCAAAUAUACGGUCCAGUUUCCAAAUUCCCAGUAGCUCAGUUAGCCUUCAGUUUGUGCAAAAUAUUCACAUUUCCAGUAAAGAUCCGUGUAAAUUUUAGUAUACAUUGUAAAUGUAUAACAAGUUCAUUUUAUGUUUACUGGUGGGCUACAAUCUUUCAAAAACUGCUUUAAAACGGCUAAAAACCACUCAGAAAGACGAUAACUAUCAUUUACAACAACACA